UUCUACCGUGACAGUUUGCAUAUUAAAGCGGAAACAUUAAUGAUUGAAACCACAGUUCAAUGCUCAUCAAACGACGAUUAUGGUUGUAUUUUAUUUCAGGUGAGGUAUAUUAGAGAGACAAUGCGACAAACCAUUUUAUUAAUUAUAUGUACUGUCUUAACAAGUACUGUCUUAGGCUGUCCUGAUGUAUGUUCUUGCGCUAGCAAUACUGUAGAAUGCAGAUCAUUAAAUCUAACAACAGUUCCAUCUGCAAUUCCGAAUUCAGCAACCACUUUACAAUUAGGUUAUAAUCAAAUCUCCUUGAUAAAUGAACAUAGUUUUAAUGGCUUAACAGCGCUUCAGAGUUUGUUUUUGGAUUCUAAUCAAAUCACCAUGCUAGAUGAGUACAGUUUCAAUGGCUUGACAGCGCUUACAACAUUAAAUUUUUACGGUAAUCGACUUUCCUCACUACAUCGAAAUAUUUUCAAUGGCUUGACGGGGCUUCGAUUUUUAUCUUUCGAUUCCAAUCUAAUCAUCUCGCUAGAUCCCAAUAUUUUCAAUGGAUUGACAAAGCUUGAACGAGUGAACAUGGUGGAUAAUCAACUCACCUCACUAAAUGUCAAUACUUUCAAUAAGUUACCGGCGCUUUUAGGAAUACAAUUUAAGGACAAUCCUCUGGACUGUUCAAACUGUGAGUUGGAACAAGUCAAGUUGUACAUACUGAGUUAUACAAUCGCGGAUCGAGAUGCGGAGUGUAAUGGCACAAAGUUAAUGGAAUAUAAUUUCACCAAUUGCAUAGGAGGAGCCUCAGUUACAACUAAGCAGCCAACAGAUUGUACGACUAUUAUUGUUGCUGCUGUGUGUGGAUCCAUUCUAUUUGUUAUCAUCAUCGUCAUUGUUUCCUGCAUUUGCUGUCACUAUAAGAGCAAACACAGCAAACGCAAAGUCAAUAGCGUUAAUAUGGAUAAAUAGGAUCAACACAUAUUCCACACAAUUACAAUCUGUACGGACCAACAGUUUUUACCUGGUAUAACCAAUGCUAUUUCAACUGCAUGAUCGGGCGGAGCUUACGUUUAGAUUUGCAUAGGAACAGUCUAUUUGAAGAUGUGUGUGAUAAGAAUGAUUGCCGUUGUAAUUAUUACUGACUUCUAAUCACUUAUCAGUGUCAUUAAAUAAAUUCAUAAAACAAUGACUGGACACUUCAUUGAUGAGUUUAUCCUAAAACACCUAUCUAUCGAUGGACUGGUCUAUUAUGAGCGAACCGGUUAAACUCCGCCCAGUCAAGUGAAAUAAAUCGAAGAAUAGCUUUCUAUUACAUGUUUGAUAGUAUAUCAUUUACAGUACAAUCUAUCAUUUUGUUGUCAUCCUGUACAUACAUGUAUGAACAUCUAGUUUUUUUUUAUGUUAAUGUGAAUGCUGACUGCUGUAUUUUUGACAUUUUUACCUAAUAUGUCUGUUUGUUUUGUUCAUACAUCGUUGUCAAUAUAAUGCCAUUAAAUUUGAUGUAACUGUCAUACAAAUGAGAGGGUUAGCUAGCUAUAAAACCAGGUUUCAAUCCACCAUUAUCUACAUACGAACAUGCCGGUACCUAGUCAGAAAUAUAACAUUUGUUAUCCAUUCGUUUGAUGUGUUCGAGCAUUUGAUUUUGCCAUUU